AAUUGUUCAUUCUCUUUACAACCACUUCUCUCACUAGGGUUUCGAAAACCCUACCGCCGCUGCUCUCCUUUUACCCCAAAUCUGAGCAAAUCGAAAGCAACAAUGGCAGAAGAAGCACAGUACGGUGCACCAGAUGCCGGUAACAACAAGAGGAAGUACGAUGAUCAAGCGGCACCGUCUCCUGGUCCUCGUAGACCUACUGGAUUUUCUGCUCCGAUCGCUUCCUUAUCUUCUCCUGACGGUGCUGCUCCUCCUUCGUCUUACAACAAUGUUCCGCCGCCUAUGGAUGAUUUCCAGUUGGCUAAGCAGAAGGCUCAGGAGAUCGCUGCUAGGUUGUUGAAUAGUGCUGAAGCGAAGAAACCUAGAGUUGAUAAUAACGGCGGUGGUGCCGGUGGAUAUGAUUCCUAUGAACACAAGCCCAUUGUUACUCCUUCAGUUACAAGUUCAUAUGGUUAUCCGGGGCAGAGCAAGAAGAUUGAAAUACCAAAUGGCAGAGUUGGUGUGAUUAUAGGAAAAGGUGGGGAGACCAUCAAGUAUCUUCAACUCCAGUCUGGAGCCAAAAUUCAGGUUACUAGAGACAUGGAUGCUGAUCCUAAUUCUCAAAACAGAGCAGUUGAACUCAUGGGUACUCCAGACCAAAUUGCUAAGGCUGAACAGUUGAUUAAUGAGGUUCUUUCUGAGGCCGAUUCUGGUGGUUCUGGUCUAGUUUCCCGAAGAUUACCUGGACAGCAAUCUGGAGGGGAACAGUUUUCCUUGAAAGUCCCUAACAACAAGGUUGGUCUUGUUAUUGGAAAAGGAGGUGAAACUAUAAAAAGUAUGCAGGCAAGAACUGGAGCGCGUAUUCAGGUGAUCCCUUUGCACUUGCCUCCUGGUGACACAUCGCAGGAAAGAACAGUCCAAAUUGACGGGUCAAGUGAACAGAUUGAGGCUGCUAAGCAGCUGGUGUAUGAAGUAAUUAGCGAGAAUCGUGCUAGGAAUCAAGGGAUGUCGGGAGGAUAUCAACAGGGUUAUCAGGCCCGGCCUCCUACAAGCUGGGCCCCUCCUGGUGCACCUAUGCAACAAUCUGGUUAUGGCUAUGGUCAGCCUGGUGCAUAUCCUUCUCAACCAUCUUACCCUGGCUACCCUCCUCAACCUGCCUCUGCUGGAUAUGCCUCUGGCUGGGAUCAGAGUGGUGCUCAAAAUCAACAAUCUCAGGCAGGAGGGUAUGAUUACUACAACCAACAGGCUCCACAACAACAGCAGCAAGCUGCUGGAGGUUCAGCUGCUUCAACUGAUAAUAGUGCCUAUGGUUACAACCAGCAACCUGCCUCAGGUUACAGUCAAGGACAAGCUUAUGCCCAGGAUGGCUAUGGUGGAUAUCAUGUACCUGCCCCUCAUUCUGGUGGGUAUCAGGGUUCUGGUUAUGAGCAGCAACAAGGCUAUAGCUCUACUGCUGGCUAUGGGAAUGCCUCAAACCCAACAUCAGACGGCCAGAACUCGUCGUAUGGUGCCCAAACUGAUGGCAGUCAAGCACCUCCACCAGCAUCAGCCACAGCUCAACAAGGAUAUCAUUCUGGCCAGCAGCCCAGCCCUAAUCCUAGCUACCCAUCUCAAGGCUCUGCUCAGGCUGGAUAUGGGGUGCCCCCAACUUCUCAAGGUGGGUAUGGUACACAGCCAGCUGGAGGCUAUGCUGCUAGUUAUGGGGCUCCUCAGGCUCAAAAACCUCCUACUCAGGCAAGCUAUGGUCAACCACAGCAGUCUCCUAGUGCACAAGCUGGUUAUGCCCAGCCUGCCCCAGCGCAACCCGGGUAUCCUCAACCAGCUGCUCAAGCUCAAUCAGGUUAUGCCCAGGCUGAUCCCAACGCCCAGCGACCUCCCUCUUCUGCAUAUGGUGCUCCACCAGCUCAGCCAGGUUAUGGUGCCCAGUCUUAUGGCGCUCCGCCUAGUUAUGGACAGCAGCCACCUCCUUACAACAGCGCCUAUGGUGCUUACUCCCAGCCACAAGCAUAUGCUUCUGAAGCAGCUCCAACUGCGCAGUCUGUUCCACCUAGUGGUGGGGUUGCCAAAGCUUCACCUCCGAGUUAAUAUCAGUCUCUUUCGUAUGUUUUUGGGUGAAUCUUUUAAAAACAAUUUCUUGCUUUUGUUGCUUAGUUAUCUUUAGGUUUUGUAGAUUAUCAAACAGUGUUUUAAACUGUAGUUUGUUUGUCCCCGUAUUUGGAUUGCGUAUCGUUUAAGUAGUUUUAUCUUUCGUUC